CUGACGCUGCACGGGGAGAUAUGGCGGAGCGGCGGCAGUCGGCGGUGCGGGACGGGCUGCGGGUUUUCAUUCUCUGCCUCUGCUGGUACACCGUCAGCUCGGGCGGCAAUGUCAUCAACAAAGUCAUCCUCAACCACUUCCCCUACCCGGUCACCGUCUCGCUCUUCCACAUCCUCUCCAUCUGCCUCUUCAUGCCGCCGCUCAUCCGCGCCUGGAACAUUUCGCCAGCCGCCGAGCUGCCGCCCCGCUACUUCAGCCGCCUCAUCCUGCCGCUCGCCUUCGGAAAAUACUUCGCCUCAGUGUCGGCCCAUAUCAGCAUCUGGAAAGUACCCGUGUCAUACGCGCACACAGUCAAGGCCACCAUGCCUAUUUGGGUGGUGCUUCUAUCCCGUAUCAUCAUGAAGGAGAAGCAAACUACAAAGGUCUACAUGUCAUUGAUCCCUAUAAUAUCUGGAGUCUUCUUGGCGACGGUGACUGAACUCUCCUUCGAUGUUUGGGGUCUCAUUAGUGCACUUGCUGCCACCCUCUGCUUCUCCCUUCAGAACAUCUUCUCCAAGAAGGUGCUGAGAGAUACACGGAUGCAUCACCUUCGACUCCUCUAUAUCCUUGGAUGUUAUGCUGUCAUCUUUAUGGUUCCAACUUGGGUCCUUGUCGAUGUGUCUGCAUUUUUUGUAAACAACUCAGUAACAGAUGUCUCCCACUGGUACUGGACACUCAUAUUGCUGCUCAUCAGUGGCUUCUGUAACUUUGCUCAGAACAUGGUUGCCUUUAGUAUCCUGAACCUCAUCAGUCCACUCAGCUACUCUGUAGCCAACGCCACCAAGAGGAUCAUGGUAAUUUCAGUAUCGCUCAUCAUGCUGCAGAACCCAGUCACUUCUACCAACGUCAUAGGGAUGAUGACUGCCAUUGUCGGGGUGUUUGCCUAUAACAAGGCUAAAUAUGAUGCCAAUCAAGAAGCCAAGAGAAAGUUGCUCCCAGUCACCUCAGGGGACCUUGUGUCUCUCAAUCAGCAUCAAGAACUGUCUGUUGAUCAAAAGGGGCAGAUGAAUGGGACUGUGCUCUACCCUCAGUACACAGAAUACCAGUAUGGACGGAAUGGCCUGCUGGCCGAACAGUUACAGUACAACCGGCAGAGCUCCCUCGGAACGACCUACGUUUCCAACCGAUUCGACAUAUAAAUUCAUUACCAGAACCAUCCAACUUCCACCCUUAACUUAUUCUGCAUACAAUCGGAAACUCCCGGUUAGCCAAUAGAUUUUAGCAAGAAGUCUCGGUCUGAGGCCCUAUAUUUUUUUUAUUUUAAGGUAAUGGAGAGAACACUGUAACUUGGACUUCAUGAAGAUGCAUUUUGCACCUUGUGUGAUGUUUUGUAUGGUGUGUGUGUGUGUGUGUGAGACAUUCAUUCUGCCCAGAAAUUGUUUGAGGUGGGGGGAGAGGGCAUGAGAUGGUUGAUCAGUAUGAGGUGGUUACUUCACAGAGUAAGUGAGGCUGUGGUUAGGUAAUCGGAAUACCUGCACAAGAAGCCCACUUCUUAAAAGGGUGCAUUAAAGAUAUUGGAACCAUGAACCCAACCCUUCUAGCCCAAUAUUAAAUAUAACUCCCUCCUUGUCUUUGCGUGUGACAGAGUGCACUUAAGUGCACCACGUGUUACCGAAUCUUUUCAGAAGGCUGUGUGCCAUCUUUGUCUAAUGGUUCAGUUCCUCCAUUUUUCUGGGGGUGCAUUUACCUAUUAACUAUAUUCUUUUUAUGUAGAUAGAUAAUUAUUUGACUGUGAUUGAUGAAUUGGAGAGUAUUGAUCAAAUGAUUCCAAUUAUUGCCAAACCAUAAAGUAAAUAUGAAGCAUCCAUGAGUUUUCCAUUGUGUUGGGAGGUGGGAGGUCUCAUCACUUUGGUUGAGAUGUGCCUCCACAGCCUGCAUGUCGCAAUACCCCAAUUUGUGUUUGUUAAUCAUACAUUUCCUGGUCAAUUUAGAUUUAAUCUGGAUUUAAAUAAGCUGCUUGAUACGUACAGUAUAGAUGGAUUCCAUUCUGAUUACAAUACAUGUAAAUAAUCCAGUUUAGCAUCUGAUAGCAACUCCCAAGUUUCUGUGAGCAGCUAAAAUUGGCAUUCAGAUAUGGUAACUGAGCUGUUGAUUGUGCUCUGUCCAUGUUAUGUCCCCACACAGUUCUGUUAAUUGAAUCAAACAAUACCAAAUUAGACUGGCUCAGUGGUAGCACUCUUUUCUCUGAAGGUUCUGGGUUCAGAUCCCAGAGAUUUGAGCACAGAAUCUGAGCUGACACUUCAAUGCAAUACUGAGGGAGUGCUAACAUGAAAGGUUCUAAUUUUUCAAAUGAGACGUUCAACAAAAGCUUGAUAAUUUUACUGGGUGUAAAAAUCCCAUGCACUAUUGAAAGAACGGGAGUUAUCCCCAGUGUUCUGGCCAACUUUUAUCCCUCAACUAAUGUCACCAAAAACAGAUUACCAGGUCAUCAUCUCAUUGCUAUUUGCAUACAGUAAGGCCCCACAAAUCAGUUGAUGUGUUUCCUACAUUACAACAAUAUCUACACUUCACAAUUAAUUGGCUGUAAAGUGCUUUGGGAGUUCCUGUGUUUGUGCAAAGCACUAGAUCAAUGUAGGUUCUUUUUAUUCAGUCAGUCCCCGCUAGUAUUGCAAUAUUUAAGAUUCGUACUUGUAGAGCAGAUGGCGAGAUGCCAGCCUACAAAGUUAGCUGAAAUCCACCAUGCAGUAAUAAAUGGAGUGGUGUGCAAGCUGCUGGAUGGGUACAGUUCUAAGAACUUAAUCUCUUCCAAACACCUAUAAAGAAUAAAAAAAACUUUGAAAUGCUGGAUACUGAAAUAAAAGCAGAAAUUGUUAGAAACACACAGCAAGUCACUCAGCAGCUGUGAAGAAGAAAGAUGCACUUGCUGUUUUGGGUGUGUACCUUCUCAUGUAGGGUGUAUUCGGAACAUGAACCUGUUGUUUCUCUUCACAGAUAUAGGCCAGUAUUUCUGCUAUUAUUCCAGGCAGUUCUGUGCUGUUCGUGAAUUCCCAAAAAUCACUUCCCUUUAGAAUCACUCCUUGAUGCACUGCUUUCAUAUGUUCCCCAAGUCUGUUCAUUCUGAAUUGCUAUACACCUAAGUGUUUCAUGAAUCCAGUAUCUGUUGGGAGAAUUAUUACAAAAUUAACAUUUAAAAUUGCUUCAUGAAAGAAACUGAUAGCCUGCAAAUCCCAGAAUGACCAAAUACUAAUGUCAGUUGGCCAAGUUGCUGACCAUUUUGGAAGUGAGCACCGAUCACAGAAUCACAGUGUAGAAGAGGCCCUUCGGCCCAUUGAGUGUGCACCGACAUGUGAGAAACACCUGACCUACCUACCUAAUCCCAUUUACCAGCACUUGGCCCAUAGCCUUGAAUGUUAUG